AGUGUCCGUCAUACAACUAUAUGUGACUGGGAAACCUAGAAAUAGUAGGGAAAUCUCAAACAAGAUUAUUAGAAUGAGAAGGAGAAUGGAAAGGAGAAAAAACUCGAUAGUAUUGAAAAUUAUAAGGGAAUGGAAUAUUUUAGUUGAGUGUGUAUUUCGCAAAGAGUGUUGUUCAGUUUAGAAGAUUAAGAGAGUAUUAGAAUUAAAAAAGCUUGCCACCGGGCUCGCUGAAUACCUUAGAAAUGUUUGUGAUUGUGGAAGCCCUGAUUUGUUACUUAUAACUGAAAAUAUCGUUACAGUUAACGUAACGAGCUUCAAUUGUAAUUUAUUUCACGCUAAUUGUAAGAUAGUAAUUGAAUUUUUCAAUCUAGUGUCAGGGUGCCAAUUCUGGAACGUAGUUUACUGCUUAGCAAUCACUGUAGUUAUGUUGAAAUAUCGGAACGUAACGCUGUUUUAGUUUUGGCAUGGGUUAUAAGUGUUUUUGAUGAGGUUAGAAAUUUAUUUGCAAAAUGAUGCCGGCGAAGAAGUUACUUCGCCAGAAAGUGCUAAGUACAUUGACUCGUACUUCAGUGCGUUAUGCAGAAAGUGUGUCAUUAGAACCUAGUGUAGAACGAAUAAAAACUACAAAGUUUUACCCGAAGAAAAAAAUAAAUCGAGUUAACAAGCCACCUUUUGCCAAAAAUCUUUUUUUGGGUUCUUUUGAUUCGGACAUUCUAACGUAUCCAGAGGUACUUGAUGGUGAACAGCUUCAAACUUUAAACGAACAUCUUGCUCCUAUUGAGCAAUACCUUAAACAAGUGGAUUCUGCUGCGAUUGACAAAGAUGCGAGCAUCUCCCAGCAGAUCCUGGAGCAACUCAAGUCCCUGGACCUGUUCGGGCAGCAGGUGCCGGCCGAGCACGGGGGGCUUGGGCUCUCGGCGACGGAGCGAGCCCGCGUCGGGGAGGUGCUGGCGCGAGAGCCGUCCAUUUGCUACACCCUGGCCGCCCACGAGCUGCUGGGCAUUCACAGCUUGUUGAUUGCCGGCACGGAAGAACAGAAGAACCUGUUUCUGCAGCGACUGUCCAGGGGCGAACUGGUCUCUGCAUUCUGCUUGGCAGAAUCCGUUUUCAGUUCGGACAUCUCUUCCAUGACGACGCGGGCUGAGUUCGACGCUGGCCAGAACCAGUGGCGUCUCAACGGCAGCAAAGUCUGGGUCGUGAACGGAGGCAUCGCUAAUCUGUUCGUCGUAUUUGCAAAGACUCAGGAGGAAGAUCAUGUUGGGGAACUUCAUGACAAGAUAACAGCAUUUCUGGUGGAAAAGGAAUUUGGUGGUGUGUUUUGCAGUGAACCAUACGAGAAGUUGGGGUUGAGAGGUGUCAAUACUUGUGAGGUCCACUUCAAAGAUACUCCAGUUCCGGCGUCCCACGUUCUGGGCACUGUUCACAACGGUGCGACGAUAGCACUGGACGUCGUCAAUGGUGCUCGGUAUGUCACAGGCACCAUGUCAUCGGAAAUUUUGAAGAGGCUUGUCACCUGGACAACAGAGUACAUCAUUGGAAGGAAUGAAUUCGGCAAACCAGUUAAAGACUUUGAGUUGAUUCAGGAAAAACUUGCGAAAGUGGUGCUUAAGACAUACGCGGUUGAGAGUAUGAUCUACCUUACUACGUCCAUCAUAGAUACGUAUGAAGAUCCAGAUUUCUCUAUGGAGGCAGCUAUGUUGAAGGUAUUUAGCAGUGAAAGCUGUUUUCAAGGUGUAAGCGAUUGUCUUCAGUUGCUGGGUGGACGGGGGUACUUGAAAGAAUAUCCUUAUGAACGCUUCCUCAGGGACUCGAGUAUGUUUUCAGUCCUAGAUGGCGAAAAUACCAUUUUGAAGAUGUUCAUUGCUUUAAAAGGUCUCCAACAUGCUGGUGUUCACAUCGCUGAAAAAGUCAGGAACAUGCGAAAUCCUUUGUUCCAUCCUGGUUUGAUUUUCCGCACAAUGUGGGAGCAACGAAACCAAGUUAAGGACAAUCCUAAGUUGAAUCUGGGACUAGAUGGAAAUCUUCAUCCAACACUACAGAUGCCUUCACAGAUGCUGGAGUAUUGUGUGCUGCGAUUAAAAUAUGGUACUGAAAUAUCACUGACCCGUCAUGGAGCAAAUAUAGAUUCGUAUCACAUGAAUUUGAGGAGGUUAGCAGAGGUAGCAAUCGAUAUAUUCGCCAUGACGGCUGUCCUAGGCCGGGCCUCACGUUCCUACUGCAUAGGACUACAAGACAGCGAAGAUGAGAUAAUGAUGGCUGCUGUUUUUUGCUCUGAGGCAUACAAAAGAGUGAAAAGCACCAUAAAAGCUUUGGAGGAUUCACCAAUACUAACACAUGACACAAACUAUAAACAGUUAGCAGAGAAAGUGUUCAAAAGACAUGGUUACUUUGCACAGCAUCCACUGGCGAAAAAUUUCUAGACUGCUGGAUAGUCCACCUUAUUACAGCAGUGGAACACCGCUUGUAUAUUUUACCAUGCCAAUAAAUGAUUGACUGUUA